AGCGAGUCAAGCUGAGCCGAGUUGCGUAUCAAACGCUAUCAAAACCGGCCGCACGUCGAACGGCGCGCAAGUUACGGAUGAUGAGCCACCGGAAAUCACGUAUUGCGUGGUGGAGCACACGGGCACGCUCACGCUACAAGCGAUGACGCCGACUCUGCCGAUGCCGGCCGAGGAUGAGCUGAACAAAAUGUUUCUCGAGCUCGUCGACGAGCUCGACCUGACCCAGGCGAAUCGGCAGGCGGUUUUGGCACUUCCGGCCAACAAGAAGUGGCAGAUUUACUGCUCCCGGAAAGGUAAUGGAACUCUUGACAACGGUGGGCUGCGGACCACUGACCUCAGCGGCGAUCCCGAGGACUACAUCAACAGGUUGAAAACUAUAGCGAGUAGUCCUUUCCCGGAGGAAGGCGAGGAAGUGUCGAAUCAAAUGCGCCAAGUCGAAGCCCUGAAGACUGCCCUGAGGACACAGCCGCACAGCUUCGUUCUCAGAUUCAUCGAGUUGGAUGGCCUGAACGCUCUGCUGCAAGUGCUGGGCACGAUGGAUGCCGAGGCGGCCAACAGCAACCUCCACACCAGCGUCAUCGGUUGCCUGAAAGCCUUAAUGAACAAUUCGAACGGGAGAGCACACGUGUUGGCGCAUCCCACAGCGAUCAACACGAUAUCGCAGUCGCUGGCGACUGAGAACAUAAAGACAAAGAUCUCCGUGCUGGAGAUCCUCGGCGCUGUCUGCCUGGUGCCAGGCGGUCAUCGCAAGGUCCUCGAGGCCAUGUUGCACUUCCAGCAGUAUCAUUCCGAGAGAACGCGCUUCCAGUGUAUUAUCAACGACCUCGACAAGAACUUCGGCAUCUACAAGGACAAUCUGUCCCUGAAGACGGCGAUCAUGUCGUUCAUCAACGCAGUACUCAACUAUGGGCCCGGUCAGGUGACGCUCGAGUUCCGGCUGCAUCUGCGAUACGAGCUGCUGAUGCUCGGCAUACAGCCGAUUAUCGAAAAGCUGAGGAAGUACGAGAACGAGACGCUCGAUAGGCAUCUCGACUUCUUUGAGAUGGUACGUAACGAGGACGAGAAGGAGCUCGCCAGGAAAUUCGAGAAAGAACACGUGGAUACCAAAAGCGCGACCGCCAUGUUUGAUCUUCUGCGACGAAAACUCAGUCACACCGCCGCCUAUCCUCACCUUCUCAGUCUACUCGAGCAUUGUCUCCUGUUGCCACUGGACUAUGGCUCACACCCUCAACAUUGGCUGCUGUUCGACCGGAUCGUGCAGCAGAUUGUGCUGCAGUCCGAAAGCAAUGAGACGGGGUCUGUAAGAAACCCUGAUAUGGCACCGAUCGAGAUCAACGUGAAGGAGAUUGUCCACUUGCUUGCAAAGGAGGAGGAACUUGUGGCGGCGAGGAAGAAGGCCGAAGAGUUAGAGCGCGAAAACUCGGACAUGUCCACGAGGUUGGCGAAGAAGGAGCAGGAGUUAGAUCUGAGGACUCAGGAAAAAGAAGACAUGGAGGCAAGCCUGGCUAGGAUCAAGGAGCGCCUCGAGAAGGAGAUGUCGAUGCACAUAGAGACGAAGCAGAGAAUCUCCGAGUUGCAAGAUAACCUGGAGACAUUGUCGCGACAGAUUAACAAUGAGAAGUCCGAGAGGAAGCGUCUGGAACAGCUAGUGGCAUCGGGGAGUCUGCCGGACGACGCAAAGGCCACUUUAAAAAUCGUGGAAGACGAGGUGCUCGAGAAGGUUGAGACCAAGCCCACUCCGCCUCCGCCGCCGCCACCUCCAUUAGCACCUCCGCCACCUCCUUGUAUGAUGCCGGCGGCACCUCCGCCAAUGAAGGUGGAGAUAAUAAAGAACGUGCCGCAGCCGAGCAAUCCCCUAAAGUCAUUUAACUGGUCCAAGAUACCCGAGCAGAAGCUACAGGGCACGAUAUGGUCCGAGCUGGACGACACGAAGCUUUACAAUAUUAUGGAUCUCGAAUCCAUCGACAAAAUUUUCUGCGCUUAUCAGAAGAAUGGCGUAUCCACGGAGGGUUCGAUAGAAGAUUUGAGAACGUUAGGAAAGAAUAAGAAGACAAUGUCAGUGAUCGAUUCGAGGAGAGCGCAGAAUUGCACGAUACUGCUGUCGAAGCUAAAGAUGACUGAUAACGAGAUCACCAGGACGAUACUGUCGAUGGAUCAGCAAAACAUUUUGCACAUUGACAUGGUGGAACAAUUGCUGAAGUACAUACCAUCAUCGGAGGAAGCCGCUUUGUUGGACAUGCAUCAGAAGGAUUUGCAGAAUAGGGCCGAUUGCUUCCUGUAUCAGAUAUCGAAGGUGCCUCAUUAUGAGCAGAGGUUGCGAUCGCUGCACUACAAGAAGAAAUUUGCAGCCAGUAUCGCCGAAUUGACUCCGAGGAUGCGAGCGGUUCUAGAAGCGAGCCGGCAGGUAGCCAGAUCCCGAAGACUCAGGAAACUGCUGGAGUUGGUGUUGGCGUUGGGAAAUUAUGUGAAUCGCGGAAACGCACGGGGUAACGCGUGUGGCUUCCGGUUAGCUUCCUUGAAUCGUCUAGUCGACACGAAAUCCUCUUGCUCCAAGGGCACGACGUUGCUGCACUAUCUCGUGCAGAUCCUCGAGGCCAGAUUCAGAGAGGUCCUGGAGAUCGAGGAAGAUAUGCCGCAUGUUAGGACCGCCGCCAGAGUCAGUAUGGUCGAUCUGCAGAAGGAAGUGGCUAACUUAAAGAACGGAUUGCAAGAUGUUCAGAGGGAAAUAGAAUUCCAUCGAGGUCAAGCUCAAGUACUUCAGGGUGAUAUGUUCUUACCGGCAAUGAGGGACUUCCAGGCGCAAGCCACGUGUAGACUAGCCGAGGCGGAGGACUUGUUCCAAGACAUGAAGACCAGGUUUGAUCGAGCGGUUAGGCUAUUUGGUGAAGAUUCGGCCGGCGUCCAGCCAGACGAAUUCUUCGGUAUUUUUGAAAAUUUUUUGCAAGCUUUGGCCGAAGCAAGACAAGAUGUGGAGAACAUGAGGAAGAAGGUCGAAGAGGAAGAACGUAGAGCGAAACAAGAGCAAGAGCUACGAAAGAGAACGAUGGAGAGGAAAAACUCGCGAGAGGGUAUAUUGAACAGCAUCUCACUGAGUAAGAAGAACGAAGCUAAUGGCAAUGGGCAGAGCGAUAACAAGGGCGAAUUCGACGACCUGAUAUCCGCGUUGCGCACCGGCGAUGUGUUUGGCGAAGACAUCGCCAAGUUCAAGAGAUCGAAGCGGCGACCGGUCACACCUAGCGGGCAAGAGUCGCGCAGGCACAGCACUCAUCGUGAAGAUUCUCGAGAGCGUCAUUAAAACCCCUGAGAUGAAUGUCGAUUGAUACUGCCAAACGAAGCGGACGGGGAAGUUGUCACUUGGAUAUUACUUCGAAUUGAAAGGAAAAAAUAGCAAGUACGAUUGCCCUUCUAAGGGUUCAAACGCGAUAAGAGAGCUUUCAGCGCGAAUUUUCGGCACUGCGACAAGUGCACCUAAAUCUGCGUCCCUCCAUGUCGUUUGUAGGUGUCUCGUACAAAACAACUCGGCACUAUGGGAAGAGACGUUGACUCAAGAACGUGUUUCUGUAAGAAAACAUAUUUCUACCGACACGCGCGACAAUAUGAUGUGAAAAAUCGUAUACGAUUCGAAUAAUCGUAAAGAUUUGAUUGCGUAGUUAGACGAGAGUUCUUCGUUCCUAGAGAUUUUUUACAGUUCUCGGACGUAAAAAGCGCAAUACACAACAUUGUGAACAUUGUGAACUUUCGAAGAGGUUUUCCAUACGACGAGUUGAGCGUCGCUGUUAAAAUUAUUCGCCUACAGGAAUUUAAUAUAGCCUUAAUGUUGCGUAGUACUUUUCCAAAGGAUUUUUAUAAACAUAUUGUUGAGAUUCCACAUCAAAUAAACAGGAAAGAGAGGAAUUUUUUGGAUUUUUCCGCAUGUUUCUACGGACAUUUUAUAUGAGAAAGUACACACGCUUUAACGAGAAAAAGCUCGAUCGUGGAAUUGGCGUUGCGUUAGCGCUUCUGCGGAGAAGUUUCACAGUAAGCUCCCGACGGAUCUAUAGGUACAAGAGUUUCUCUUUGUGAUUGAGCAAUUUACAAUACAGUACAAUUACAAUUCGAUACGAGUGACUUAAUUUAUUUUCCAAACGUUUACAUCGGCGAUAAAGAGAUGACAGCAAAGCGCAGUGUUCAUUGCAAAACUUCUAAUGUGUUUCGAUAAAAAUCUGUGACGAUCAAGGAUGUCCUCACAGCGAAAGGACAACGAGAUCGGACGUAGCACAUGUAUGAAAUAAGAGAAAAAAAGAAAAUUCUCGCGAAUAUAAUCUCAGAGGUAUCUGUCGAUCAAAAGGAGGAUCAAAACUCGUAUUCGUUGUACGGUGAAUAAAGGUAGUCAAAAAAAGAGUAGUUGCGCAAUGUAAUUAAUCAACGCAUCGUAUGCGCGCAAUUAUCUCGAGGAAGUAAUUAUUCUUCAUCGCGUAACCUUGAUGGCAGGCGCAUAUCAAAUUAUUGAUAUUUUUAGGAGGACCGCACGCAAUAUGUGUGCGAGCCGACGGAGCUGCGAGCUCCGUCGGCUUGCGAUUUAUUUGUUAAGAGAGGAGGAUGUACGAGAUUGUACAUGAACAGCUAAAGAGAGCGAUAACAGUCACGGCGGUAUCGGCCGAACUGUGCGCGAGGCGAGUCUUACUUUGUACAUAUAGCCGCUAUUUUUGUCUAUUUCGUUGAUCGAGAUCAAGCUGUGAUCGGGAGCACAAUUGAACUUUGCUGGACCUCGACGACGUCGACGGUGACGGCGACGGCAACGGCGACGUCUCGCUCCGACGAUGAAGCGCGAUGAUUCGUCGGUGAGAGACGAGACGAGGCGUCUAUAAAGUUCCUGUUCGUGGCAUCGAAAUCAAAGCAGUGCAGACUAUAAAUUUGCGCAAACUUGUAACUUGUAUAAUUGAAGACAUAUUUAUUAAUCGUAGUAGUUGCGGGGAGAAACAAUUGUGAUGGUAGCUUUUUUAAUUGCGUUUCACCGGUGAGUGACCAUCCAGCCGUUAUUGGAAGAUUUGCUUAGAAUUUUAUGGACGUUUGGAAUUGUCGUCGAGAAUGCGAGAACAGCAUCGUUCGCGAGAGAAAUAAAUUUCUCGGCCGUCAUAGCGAGUACACAUCCGUCGACACUCAUAGACACGCGAAAAAGAAGGGCCUAGACAAGCAGUAACGAUUGGUUUACUGCUUCCAGAAAAUUACAAGUCUGAUUUUGUAUCUUAACAAAACCGAAAGAAAGAGAGAGAGGGAGAGAGAGAGAGAGAGAGAGAGAGAGAGAGAGAGAGAGAGAGAGAGAGAGAGAGAGAGAUAUGACUUGAGUAUGAUCUGAAACGAUUAGAAAAAGCAUGUUGCGCCGGCUCCGUGCCGCACCCGAGAAAUUAAGGCUAGUUUCCGAUGUGUAGAAAAAAAUCAAGAUAUACGGAAAGUGAUUAGAGAAAUUUGCUGUAUAGUAGUCGAUGUUUUGUAAGCUUUUGUACUUUUGUAAAUAUCUAAUAUAUCUAUGUGUUCUCGUUCCUGUGGAGCAAUGGCCAUUCUGCAAGAGAAUCAAUGUCCAAUUAAUAUAUUAUAAAUAAAUAUAUACAUAUAUAUAUAUAUAUAUACAUAUAUAUAUAUAUAUUUAUGCAUCGUCAAUAUAUCACACAUGUACUAAUACAUGAAGAAAUAUAUCAAAUAAAUGUAAGAUCUUAAUGACA